GCUUGCUUGCCCUCGACUCGACAUCAUCGUGCCGAGACGAGGAACAAGCAUCACAUCGCACAUCACACACACACCACCACACCCGGGGCCAUCCCAUCGUCCAUUGUCGCUUCGCCCUCGUCGACAACACAGGCAGGACACAGGCCACUUGCACGACCCUCUGCUCCACUCCCCGCUCAGCCGCCCCCAACACCGCGCUAUCAUGUCCCUCGCAGCCCUCCGUACCGCCGCCCGCCGCCCACUAACGGCGACCGUCGCCCCCGCCGCCGCCCGCUGGGCGUCAACCGCGACGGCCACCGCGCCCGUCGAGGAGGCGUCGAGCUCGGCCGCUGCACCGCCCGCUGAGCCGCUCGACGUCGAGGCCCUCCGCCAGCACGCUAAGAAGCUCUACAAGGAGCUGCACCGUCUCGGUCGCGACUACCCCGACCCAGAGUACAACUUCAACGGCCGUCUGCGCCGUGCAUUCGAGAAGAACGCAACCAUCACGGACCCCGAGAAGCUCAAGAAGCAGCUCGAGCUCGCCGAGCACAUCAAGAAGGAGGUCCUCGCCAUGCUCAGCCUCAAGAAGUACCGCCACCUCCGCCGCGCGUACCACAAGGACGAGCCGCCUCGCGCGCUGAAUCUCAACGGCGAGAAGGACAAGGAGGUCGAGGUGUCCUCUGACCCCAUCGGCAAGCUCGCGCCGACGCCGCCCCCGAGCGCAUGAGCAGCAGCUGUCUGAAGCGGCCUCGAGUCGCAUGUACCAACCACCCACCCAACCGCAAUCCCCCCCCUCCCAUCGCCACGACGCGACGCGACGCACGACCGACCGAUAUAUCGAACUGACUGACCACGACAUACCAUCACCCCCACCUGCAACAAAACUCGUCUGGCACACUGUGCGCGCUCUUGGAUAUCACCGACUCACCGUUCCAUCUCACAUCUCCUGUUUAAUAUCGCCGCGGCAAGGUAGACGAAGACUCGAUGCAUCUCUAACACCGGG